AUGAAGAUAUCUUGUUAUUUAUUGACGUAUUUGAUUACACAGGUCGUGGCUCACGGGGAUCAUAAUGAAGCUCAUAAAAAACCUGAUGGGUUGAGCUGGCAAAAUUGGCAUAUGAUUGAAGAACAUCAAAUGGAUCAGUACGAUACCGAUUUAUUCUUCAAGAUUCAUGACUUACAAAAUAAGGGAACCUGGUCUAGAGAUGAUAUCUUAAACUUGUAUGGUUUAUUGAGAGAAUCAGUCGUAGGUGACGGAUCUGGUAUGGGAGAGCAUUCUCACCAACAAGAGUCAAUAACUCAAGAGGCCAAAGAUCAUGUGGUCAAUUCUAUCCUUGAAUUAAUCGACAGUGACGGAGACAGACAGAUCUCGUUAAAUGAAUGGAGACAAUUUUCAAAGAAAGGAGAAUUGCCUGACUUUGGAUAUGGCCAGGGACAUCAUUUAGAUUUCGAAACAGAAUACGAAGAACAUCAUUGGAACAAGUACCACGCCAACCAGGAUCCAGAAGUAUUAAUCAAACAUAGAGAAGACAUAGAGCACGAAUUGUUGCAUCACGAACACGAGAUCGAAGAGUCCCACAACGCUGCUCCGGAUAUCAGAAAGGUCACAGACAACUACUUAUCAGACAUCCGAAUUCAAAAUGUGCCUUCAAAAUAUAGAAGUCAAUAG